CCACCGGAGCCACCGAGACCCCCCCCCCCCCCCCCCCGCGGGACCCCCGAAAUGUCCAACGCGCACUUCAACCGCGGCCCGGCCUACGGGCUGUCCGCCGAGGUGAAGAACAAGCUGGCCCAGAAGUACGACCCGCAGCACGAGCGGGAGCUCCGUGCCUGGAUCGAGGGCACCACGGGACGCCGGAUCGGGGACAACUUCAUGGACGGGCUCAAGGAAGCGUCAUCCCUCUGCGAGCUCAUCAACAAACUGCAGCCGGGCUCGGUGCCCAAGGUGAACGAACCCGUCCAGAACUGGCACAAGCUGGAGAACAUCGGGAACUUCCUGAGGGCCAUCACACGCUACGGGGUGAAGCCCCACGACAUCUUCGAGGCCAACGACCUCUUCGAGAACACCAACCACACCCAGGUCCAGUCCACCCUCAUCGCCCUCGCCAGCCAGGCCAAGACAAAGGGGAACAACGUGGGGCUGGGGGUGAAAUACGCGGAGAAGCAGCAGCGGCGCUUCCACCCCGAGAAGCUGCGCGAGGGCAGGAACAUCAUCGGGCUCCAGAUGGGCACCAACAAGUUCGCCAGCCAGCAGGGCAUGACGGCGUACGGGACACGGCGGCACCUGUACGACCCCAAACUGGGCACGGACCAGCCCCUGGACCAGGCCACCAUCAGCCUCCAGAUGGGCACCAACAAAGGCGCCAGCCAGGCGGGGAUGACGGCGCCGGGGACGAAGCGUCAGAUCUUCGAGCCGGCGCUGGGCAUGGAGCACUGCGACACCAUGACCAUCGGGCUGCAGAUGGGCAGCAACAAGGGCGCGUCGCAGCAGGGCAUGACGGUGUACGGGCUCCCGCGCCAGGUCUACGACCCCAAGUACUGCGGGGGCCCCGAGCUGCUGGGCCACGACGGCUACGACGGCCACGACGGCCUCUACAACUCCCAGUAGCCGCCGGCCCCGCGGCCGCUUGCACCCCGACACCGCUCGUCACCGGCCUCCACCGCGCCCCGCCGAGCCGGCACCGGGCGCCGGCACAGGGCCCCCGGGGGAUACCGGCA